UAACAGUAGAGGGUUAUUAUCGGGAAUCUCGAGGUUGGUGCUCCACUUAAAAGUGCUGCGUUGACGAACGGGCUACUCCACACAAGCACUGGGUGCCCCGGUACGAUGGGACGGCUAGGGCUUUAGCCUAGAAAUCGCUGCCGCCAGUGCUGUGAGCCUGAAGCAAGCACAAAAGUGAAGUAAUAUACCUUGCACCAACCAAAGAACCGGCAGCGAUUUUGUUUCAUACUUUCAGAGACAGAGAAACUGCACAAAGAUGGCAAAAAAGGAAGAUGAUUUAGAUGUGCUGCUCCCAAGUUGGUCAGGAGCAGCUGCGCAUGGGUUCAGUAUAAGUGGUGGUGAUGAAGGGAUCUUCAUCAAGGACGUGGUGCAGAAUUCUCCAGCAGGAAAGAGCGGAGUGAUGAAGGAAGGUGACCAAAUUGUGAGUGCAACUAUCUACUUUGAUGACAUGGGAUACGAAGAAGCACAGAAAAUAUUACAAACUGUGGACCGACACACUGUGGGGUUGAAGCUGCAUCGAAAAGGAGAAAAGCUUUCUCCUGGGGGAAGUUAUUCAUGGAGUCCAGAUCGACCUGAAGCUACAAGUCCAGAUGCUAUACUGAGUGGAGAUGAUGAAGACUAUCAGAGGAUUUUCAGAACAAAAAUCAAGCCUCGCCUGAAGUCAGAAGAUGGCUCAGAGGCACCAGAUCAAGCCGACCGAACUUCCAAUGUACAUAUCACCAGAAAGGUUAUUACACGUACUAUUCAUACUUCUGGUCCUACAGUCAUGACAGACACAGACAUCCAGAAUCCAGAAUUUAAAAUAAAAGUUCCAAGAUAUGAGCAAGUCACCACUGAGAGAUCAGGACCAAAACUGGAAACAUCAGAGAUGGACGUAGAUGUUAAUCUCCCAGACACUGAAGUUCUGAAAUUUCAAACGGGAGACUGUCAACGGACCACUCAUACAAUGCACAUUGUGAAAACAAAAGUUGUAGAGGUAACUGGACCAGAUAUGGAAUACGGCCAAGCUACUUUCCAUAUGCCACAAGCCAACAUAGCAGGACGAUAUGGAAGAACAGUGCAAAUAUCUGAUCUUGACUGCAAAGCUGGAAUGACAAAUGUGAAAGAUCCAGUUAUUGAUAUUAAUACAAUUGGAGCAAAAACAGUAAUUGCUUCUCCAAAGACUGAUGCUGAUCUUAAUGUAUCUGGAAGCUGUGACAAUUUAAAAGGUCCAAGAACUGAUGGUCAAAAGUUAAGGAUGCAGCUUGAUGGUUCAAGUUUGAACACACAAGACGGGAAACUAAAUAUCAAAACGAAGACACCAAACUUCAGUGUUUCAGGGUCAGAUAUAAAUACAAAUACGCAGACAAAAACAAAAGCACCGGAUCUGAAUAUCAGUAUGAACGUUCCAGAGGCAGACAUUAAAAUAUCUGGACCAAGGAUAGAAAGCGAUGUUGAAAUACCCGCAGUGGAUAUGAAUGUUGGAGGGGGUGAUAGUGAAAUCAAAAGUUCGAAUUUUAACUUGCCAGGAAUCAGACACAAAAUUUGUGAGCCUGAUUUUAACCUGGAAGGCAAAUGUGCAAAAGCAACAGUGAAUGUUGAUGUGCCUGACAUUAAACUGGAGAGUGGCAUCAAAAGCCCUACACUUAACAAGACGGGAUUCACUAUCUAUGGGCCAAAGGUACCAAAGCCAGAUAUUUACUUGGAGCAAAAAAGUCCAAAUGUUGAAUUACCUGACAUCAAACUACAGGGUGACGUCAAGGGUCUAGAUCUGAAUACGAGUGAUUCAAAAGUUGGUAUUAAGCAACCUGACAUCAAGGAAAGGGGGCUUAAGUUUUCAGUGCCUUCUAUGAAUCUGCCCACUGUAAAACCUGCAGACAUUGACUUAAAUCUUAAAGGCUCAAUAGGAAAGGGUGACCAUGGUACUGAUCUCCCCUCAGCAAAUAUAAAGGGAGAGAUCAAAGAACUCAAACUAGAUAUAAAACCAGAUAUACCAGACACUGACAUUAGAUGGCACAGUACAAAUGCUAAUUCAAAGGGACCAAAGAUAGAAGAUGACAUUUGUGUACCUGAUGUGGAUUUAAAUGUCAGAGGAGGGUCAGCUAAAAUCAAAGGUCCCGAUUUAAAGAUGCCAGAUUUAAGCAUCUCAGGACCAAAGAUCGAAAAGCCUGAUAUCAAUCUGAAAUUCAUAGGCCCAAAAAGCACAGCAGAUGUUGAUGCCACUUCUGUUAAGCUAGAGGGUGAUCUAAAAGGCCCAGAUGUGAAUAUUGAAGGGCCUAAAGUUGAUAUUGAGGGACCUCAUACCAAAAGUAGUGACCUUACAUUUUCGAUACCUGCUGUAGGUUUACACAAAGUAAGCAGUCGGGGCAUUGACUUGAGUCUUAAAGGACCAGGGGUGAAAGCUGACCAUGAUAUUGACCUUCCCUCUGCAAAUGUUCAGGGUCACAUUAAAGGACCCAAGGUGGAUAUAGAUGUUCCUGAGGCUGACAUUAAGGGUCCCAGUGGAUCGCUCCAUAUGCCCAAAUUCAAAAUGCCCAGGUUUGGACGCGAUGGCGGUAAGGUAGAGGGCCCCGAUGUGAAUAUUGAUGCAAAUCUUCCAGCUGCAAAUUUCAGUCUAACUGGACCAAACAUAGAAGGUAAGAUUGAUACACCUGACGUGGAUCUUGAGGUUGGUGGAGGCUCUGGUAAAAUCAAAAGCCCAAAAAUUACAAUGCCAGAUUUCAAUAUAUCAGGACGCAAGUUUGGUCUAAAAGGUCCAGAGGUGAAAGCUGACCAUGAUAUUGACCUUCCCUCUGCAACGGUUAAGGGUGACAUCAAAGGACCCAAGGCAGAUAUAGAUGUUCCUAGGGUUGAUAUUAAGGGUUCCAGUGAAUCGUUUCACAUCCCUAAAUUUAAAAAGCCCACUUUUGGAAUGAGUGGAGGGAAACUAGAGGGCCCCAAUGUCACUAUUGAUGCAAAUCUUCCAGCUGCAGAUGUCAGUCUAACUGGUCCAAAGAUAGAAGGUGAUAUUGAUGUACCUGACGUAGAUCUAGAUGUUGGUGGAGGCUCUGGUAAAAUCAAAGGCCCAAAACUUAAAAUGCCAGAUUUCAAUAUAUCAGGACCCAAGUUUGAAAAGCCAGAUUGGAAUUUGAAAUUCAAGGGCCCAAAGGCCACAGCAGAUGUCGAUGUCCCAGAUGUUAAUCUCGAGGGUGACCUCAAAGGUCCUAAAGUUGAUAUUCAGGGACCUGAUGCCAAAGGAAGUGGUUUCAAAGUGUCAAUGCCUUCCAUAUCAUUGCCCAAGGUUCCAGCUUUUGAAGGUGAUGAUGGAUUCUGCAUCUUCGAGAGCAAUGCCAUCGCUUACUAUGGUAAGGUGACAUUGGAGAUGUUGAAGUGGGUUAACUGUGAGACACAGGUGGUGAUGGAUGCAGAGUCCGCUGCACCUCUCAAGGGGAAUGGACGUCAAAUGUCUGAAACAAGGAACCCUCCAAAAGUGGGGUUCCGUUCUGAAAUAUGGUAA